AUGGUCCCUCCACACCUUGUCAAAGAAGCACACUGGUCAUUAGAGUACCUGAUGGCCCGUCAGGUCGCUCGCCAAUUGGAGAGAGCAAAAUGUUGCUCAGGGUCGUGCUUCUAUUGUUUCCAUCCUGAUAUUGUCCGCCAGAACGGCCCCGGCCAGUUCGAACUGGCGUCGUUCGAAGAGGAGUUUGGACUGGGUAUCGACGACCUACAACCAGCCGAAAGCCAAGGUUCGGUUACCGAAACUGCCGGGGGACAGUACUCAUAUCCCCAUUCACAAAAUGCAAAGUGCAUCCCACAGGAGAGGGGUGUCCUGGGACAUCGUCUCGAUGAGGAGACGGUCCGGUCCUCUGAGGAGGACUGUCCCGGCUGGGAAUAUCUCGAGAUCGAGAAUUUCCAGUGGGACGAGGGUGGGUCAAGCACCUGCCCGGCCGUCGGUAGCGAUACCGAAACCGAAACCGAUGACGGUUCGGUUUUUAUUGGGGCGGUGAAGUGGAACAGGAGGAAGCCAAAACUGCUUGCUCAAAGAGCGAUGCAAAGGGGGGGCGUUUAUAUAUCCGCCGCCACGCUAUCGGACCUGGAGGGAUUCAUUCUCUGA